GUCGCGAAAACGCGGUUCUGUGGGGAUCUCGUCGGCGACGAGUAGAGAGGGGUUGGCAAUCGAAUAAAAGGAGAAGCGAUUUCGCGCGUCGAACAGGUUCCGAAUAUUCUUGUUUAAUCGGAAAUUCGCCACUCCAUCUCAACCGGUGUAAUUAGGCAGGGAGAGCCGUAGCUACGGUAGUAGCAAAAUCUUCGAGAUGUCCGUAAUGGGAAAGCCAGUUCUUUACUCCUAUUGGCGGAGUUCUUGUUCCUGGAGGGUGAGAAUUGCUCUUAAUUUGAAAGAGAUACCAUAUGAAAUCAAGCCGAUAAGUCUGGUCAAAGGUGGUGGAGAGCAGCAUUGCAAUGAAUUCCGUGAAGUCAAUCCUAUGGAACAAGUUCCGGCACUUCACAUUGACAAUCACACGCUGAUCGAGUCGUUAAACAUUCUACAAUACCUCGAGGAAACAAGGCCACACCGACCAUUAAUGCCUGCAGAUCCUGUGAAACGAGCCAGAGUCAGGGAAAUAUGCGAUGUUAUUGCCAGUGGUAUUCAGCCGCUCCAAAAUUUAGUGGUAUUAAUCUACGUAGGUGAAGAACGCAAAAAGGAAUGGGCACAACAUUGGAUAACUCGUGGAUUUACAGCUGUGGAAAAACUGCUGUCGUCAAGCGCGGGUAAAUAUUGUGUGGGGGACGAUAUCACGCUGGCAGACUGCUGUUUGGUUCCACAAAUAUUCAGUGCCCGGAGGUUUCAUGUCGACUUGAGGCCAUUCCCCACAAUUCUGAGGGUAGAUCGCCAUCUUGAAAAUCAUCCAGCGUUCACCGCUGCUCAUCCCAAUAACCAGCCCGAUUGUCCGCCGGAAGCGACCAAGUAGCAAGCAAGGCAGACCACUCUCUUUCUCUUCUAAAAUAAGUGAAGAUCGAAGGGUGGUGGUCAAAUAAACGAUAGCUCGAUAGUGGUAAAAUGUAAAAACAGGGUAUUUUUGGACGAGUAUUAAUUGUAAAUAGGUCCGAUUUAUUGGUCCAGCUUUUAUUUGCCACCAAUUCAUCGCUGUAGGUUUUUUCGAUCGAUAAAACUUCUUCGCAUCGAAGCAGUUGAUUUUUUAUAUGUCUGCCCGAAAAGCAUAAAUUAUUAUACAUGCCGAGUAUUUCAAAGUUACAAUAUUUUAUUAUUAGAACAACGAUUGGCUGUUCUUUCGAAAUGAUUAAAAUUUUUAAAAACUGAUUACAUUUUACCACUUGGCAGCUAUGCUUGAGUACAAAAAUGGUGAAUAGUGAAGAAUUGGAGUGAUCCAUUACGACGAAACGAAUAGUACCAAGAAGAAUUCCGAUAAGAAUUCUGAAACUUGAAUUUUUGCUCCUCUGAGUUACGAAUUACUGCUGCUGACUACUUCACCAUUGUUGUACUUGGAUAGAUAUUAAUACAUGUUGGCCUAUUCAUUUAAUUUCGUUUUGUUUGUCACACUUUUAUUUUAUUAAUCAAAAUUAAUGAAACUUUGUCAAUGUAUGAUAUUUGCAGAAUAUUUUGUGAAAAUUUAUCAACCUAUUGAGAAUAGGUUUUGUUGCUUGAAAUCAAAAGUUUACUUUUUAUACUUGAAAUAAUAUCAUUUUCUUAUUUAAGUUUGCCUACUAUCGGCAAAAGAAACACAAAAAAUGGAAAAGAAAUGAAAAAAGAAAUCAUAAUUUACCCUAAGAAAAAAGGCAAUGUGUAUCGGUAUAUUAUUACAGAUAGAUUCUGUAUUUUAAAAAAAAUAUAAAAAGUCAGAUCGAUCCUUAUACCUCAGAAUAUGUAUAAGGCGUUAACUUUACACAAUAUAUAAAAAUUAAAUAGGUAAUGAUUAACAUUGUAUAAACCUACUGUGCUCAAUUCACACUCUGAUAUCCGAGGAAUGAAAAGUACAAAACAUCUUCCUGUCUAGCCAUCCAUCUUAGGUACCUUUCAUUUCUCCGCAUCUACUAGACUUCGUUCUCAAACGUACCGCUGAACUUAGAAUUAUGAGUACACAUUAUGCGAUAUCGACGUGAUACUAAUUUCGUAUAUCAUAAGCAUUUAAUGCAUUCCUUAGCCUGAAAGGUAUGUUUUUAGUGUGCUCAACUUUGGACGAUUAAUUUAAUGCUUCAAAAAAAAAAAAAAAAGCAUCCCCUUUGUCACCGCGCACGCAGCGAUUACGUUGCUCCUCUCAUCGCACCUUUUAUUUCCAUAAAUGAAGAAGUCCCGAACACGGAGACUUUUUUAAUCUUCCCUAUUCAAGCAAGUCCCUGAAAUUUCGUUUCGAAACCCCGUUCAAGUUUACUUUCAAAUUUUCCUCGUAUUCAAUUCUGAGCACACUAUGGUACAGAGCACAAAAAUAUGUUUUGCAUGAUUGACUUACGGAUCAUUAGCUCCGAUUAUAUAGUCGCAAUUAUUUUUAAAGACCAUUCAUUUUUCACCGUAAGUAACUUUUUUUUUUAUCUUAUAUGCCUGAUUCAUCAAUCGGCAUGCUUCUGAACCAGUUCGCUAUAAUUUACCUUUGUUUUCGUAGAAUUAUGGCACCCAUCAACUUUUCCUUAUUCCUCGACCCAGCCGGUUCGAUGAAAUCUAAACCAACAGCUUGGCGACGUGAUAAUGUUCUUAUCGUGUACGAACUAUGUUUCAAAUUAGUUGAAAUACGUAUUUUUCAAAACAAAGAAUGAUCGUUUCCUUAAUACAGCCGAGGCGGGCUACGCUUCCCCGAACUUUUUGAUUAUUCGUAAAAUAACAAAUCACCGUCGUUUAUAUUCAUUUUAACAGAAAAAGGUCCCCACUCUAUCAGCGAUUAGCAGCCAUUGAAACACGAUGUUACUUUUUCUGUCUGUACGAUAACGGUAGCAUCGGUAGAAUUAACGUUUUAAUUAUUCAAUUAGACUUUUACUCAUAUUGAUUCAUAAUUUAUGUGACAAAGAAUUGCAAUGGCAGAUCAUUAAUAGCUACUAUAAAUAAGAGUCCGGGCUUAACGUAGCCAGUUAAGAUAGUAAACACAGUGUUAAUGAAUAUAACAUUGUUUUUAUAAUUGCUUUAGGUAAUUUAGGAUCGUAAAUUACACCUCGAGACAUUGUGAAACAAGGUAUGAAAAAAUGAUUAGUUGAGAAAAAGUAAGCCUGUAUAAUAAUAGUAGUGAUUCUCAAAAUGCUACAAACAAGAGGAAAAAAAAAAGAAUAAUGAAGAAAAAAAAUAUACAUACAAUAUGACGAUAAACAUAGAUAUUUUAUAAGUGAAAAAAUGAUCAUGUACGUUUAAUGCUUAUAGAGAAUAAAAAAAAAUUCUGUGUCAUAGUAGGCCAAA